AUGCAGUUGCUGAUAUGGUUGCUGCCGGCCGCGCUGUUGUGCACGGAGGCAUUUCGCCAUACCAGCCGUUACCAUGAUUCGCCUCUCAUAAGUGCCUCCGGGGGCACCGGUCAGCGUUCAAUGCGGUUGCUUGGGUCGAUGAAACAGCUUAAGGGAGCACGAAAGUCAAGUCGCAGGCGCCCGAAAAAGACAACUCCAGCCAAGAUUUACCCAUCGCCCACCCUGUACUAUGGGAACAUCCAGGACUACUUCGGUGCUCCACGCGAGUACUAUGCGUUGCCGUGCGCAGAUGCACUUGGCGUGAUCCGGAGCGAGCCUAUGGUUCGCCUGGCAAGCAUGAUUAAGAGGGGCACAACAGCCGAGGAGCUGUCUAGGGAAUUCGAGCUUGAUACAACCUUUCACAAAGCUGUGAAAUCUGCUGUAGAACAGCUAAGGCUUAUUGCAGAAGGUCAGCGCUGUGACGUCACCCGCGACCUCGUUAUAUACUUCGAAAGGGUUGUUAAGCGCCCUUCGGAGUUUCCGCAUUUUGUGGACCGCGCUCACGCAAUAAAGCGGCUGCAGGAGUUUUGGCGCCGUCGCGAAUUCGUGAGGUACCGGGGCCUAUUCAAGCAGGUUUACUGGCGGAUGCGCCAAAUCGCGGGGAAGGUCGGUUAUGCGGGCGUCACUCUGCAGGACUUCCGUGACCCCGCUCUUUGGAGGCGGUACGGCGUUUUUAAAGGGCUGCCGCGAUCUUCUAUGGUCGACAACUACCUUGUGAAGCACAAGAUUGCGCUCAACAGUGAUAUACGCGACUUUUAUUUCAUCGAUGCAGAUACGGAUGAAGUGUGCUGCAUUCUGGAUCCGGAAGCCGACGGGCGCGCCAAACGCCGCGUUGAUGCGUUAGAUCCGAAAGUGAUGGACCGUAUAGCUAGUGACCUCAAGGAACUUGGAGUAUUUCCAAAUGAUGAGUGGCAUACGAUGAACAUGUCUCGCGUGGAUGAGCUGCAACGGGAUUGCGCAUCGCCUGACGCUCAGCGGGCGUAUGCCAUACGGGAUUUCUAUCUCACGCACUCCAACCCAGGCUACCGUGUGAACGGCGAUCCGUACUAUCUGGAGUCAUUCGUUAACCAUCGCUACAGGACGAGGACCCUCGAACGUGAUCUGGGACUGAAAUACGAGAACUGGCUACGCAGUGGUGCGCCGCCACCUAUGCCCAGACCUGUAGGGGUUAAAUAUCAACAUAUGGUCUUAUGGAAGAGCUUGUCACGCAACCAACGGCGCCAUCUGGUGCAGGAGUUCCUCUAUCCCAAAGCACAGGAUAAACCAUCUACGGUGCGGCCCACUGCAGAUGGCGAGGCUCCAAAUUCUACCCCGUUGGAGAACACGUAA